GUGACACGUAGUAAGGCGGGGAGUUUUUACUAGACUCCCCGCUGCACUUGGCUUGUUGUUUAUUGCGUUGCGUGUUGAUUAUGCUUCCCUGUUUGUAUUCAAAGUUUACAGCACCUGUAUGAGACAUUGUACAGGCCUGCUCGAUGGACUUCAACAGGAACUUUGACCAUAUUCCACAUACAUCUCUGGUGCUCCUUUCCUUUCUUGACCAGAAAGACUGCCAAAAUGGUGAAUCGGGAAGGGUCUUUGAUUAUCGUGAAGAUAACCUGUCUACAAAUCAUAUUGACAGUGAUGGGGAUAUAGAAACCGACGGACAAAGUCCACCAGCGACCUACAGAGACCUUUUACAUGAACUACAGCAUGAAGUUCAGCCUGGUCUUUCAGUCAAUGCAGAAGAGGCUCGAGCUGCGAGAGAAAUGGCGGCAGAGUUGAUCAGAAUAGCAGAUCUUCUGGAGCAGAGCGUUCUGUCUCAAGCUGCUGAGAGUCUGACUAAAAAACUGAGAUCUUCCCAAGAACAGGUUUGGGCCAGUCAUCUAUCUAAAGGAGUGCAGACGUUACUUCAGCAUGUGGCAGCAGCCAAAGAGUUUAAGAAGGAGCUUGUGGAGAUGGCCUUCACGUUCAUGCUCAUGAAGACUGUUUGUGAACGCACACCUGAUUUUCUGUUUGGCCUUUAUGGGACAGUGGUGCAGUUUUUCGGAUCCAACUGAUCCCCGAUGAAAUCUGAUGAGCAGUUAGAGAAGUGAAGGAUUUGAAGAAAAAAAGAUACGUUCAAACAUGGUUUGAUAAUACAAAUGUCAAUUAAUUCAGCUUUUUAAAACUGAAUACGUUUGAUUUUGUAGCUGUUAUUCAUUGUGUUUGUUGUUGUUGUUCUCCAUGACAUUGGGUUUUUUGUUCAUUGUGUAUAUAAAUAAAUAAAUGUAAGAAAA